AUGGUGUACAGAACAGAAGUAACAUCCUCCCGUCCGGCCCACCUGAAGCUGAGACCUAACGUUGGUCCAGCCAAGUCAGAAAUAAAAGAGAACAGCCCUUUUAGGGCUCCAUUGGACAAUAAACUUGAUUUUAUGAUAACGGUGAUCCCGAAAGCCAUCGUGGAUCUAUACAAUUAUCUUACUACUUUGAGGUUGGCUAGGAACACUGGUCCUAUGCGGGAGCUAAUUUUUCGAUUGAUCUUGGCCCGCCUCGAGACUUCAGCUCUCGUAUCCCAAUCAGUAGAAAAUCCGGUUUAUUUUCAUAAAGAAUUGCCGGGGGCAGAUUGUUAUAAAGCCCACGUUAAACGCUCUGUUGCCAUCAUGUUGUACACCCUCUCAACUAUCCUCCUGCUCACUGCCUCUGUUUUCUCAGCUCCCGUCGCUGAGAAACGUCAAGCUGCAACAGUCCUCAGGACCAUCACGCCCAACUACCUUGUACCCCUCUCACAAUCCGAGCCUUCCCGCGUAUUCGGUUCUCAAUAUACCGGUGAAGUUUCCUGGACUCCAAAUGCAGCGACCGAAAUCACCACAAUCGUUGGCUUUGAUAUCCCUACCGUCGCUGGUGCCAAUUCCUGCUAUCUUCGUUUUGCCCUUCCAACAACGCCAUCUGGCUUUGCAUGGAGCGUUGAAGGCGCAGGUAUCAUGAAUUAUUAUAGUCUGGAUCGGAUUGUCAACCCUGCCACAGAUUCAUGGAACACCAGGCCUGGAAGAGUUGCACAGCUAGGAACUGUUACUGUUAAUCGAGCAGGUGGUGAGGCGACGUUCGCGGGAGUAGCGUUAGAUUGCCAGGCAUUAUUUAAUGCGCAGAGAGUCGAUUGGGAGUUUACGGCUGCGCAUGUCGGAGAUGUAAAGAAUCGGGUGGAGACAUUCCAGACUGCGAGUGGCCAAGGAUGGUAUUUGGAGUUUGCACGGGUUUAA